AGAAAGAUAAUUCUAGUGUUCUAUAGAUUGUGUGAUCUAGACAGUCUUAGUACAGAAAUAAGUCAUACCUAUUCAGUCAUUCAGUGGCUUCAGUGCGUCUAUCGGGAUGCUCGGAGUAAUCAGCUGAUCGUGUUGUUGCGAACUACAAAGUAUAAAAUAAUGUAAAACAUAAUUUUUUGUUCCUUGCCGAUUCUAUCGUCUAUUUUAUUCCGCGAGAAAUAACGUAUACAAGAUAUAUUACAUUGUGCCAUGGCAACCAAGGAAGAGGUAAACAGUGCAACUACUGAUGCAAAGAUUGAAGAGACACCAGAUAACUUAACAACGGAAGAUCCACCGGCCAAUUUAGAGACCAUCCCUGAGGGAAACGCGACACGAAAUGAGCUUCAGACAGUGCCAAAGGACAAAUCAAAGAUUGAUAUACUGCUGAAGGCUACUGCUAACGCUCCAAUUAUGAAACAGAAAAAAUGGUCAGUUUGUCAAGACAAUCCUAUCGGACGGAUUUCUGAAUUUAUAAAGAAGUAUCUCAAGCUGGAUUCCAAUGAGAGACUGUUUCUCUAUGUUAAUCAAACAUUUGCACCUGCUCCAGAUCAGACGGUCAAGAAUUUGUAUGACUGCUACGGUGCUGACGGAAAGUUGGUUAUACAUUACUGUAAGAGUCAAGCAUGGGGCUGAGAUUUGUUAAAAUUAGCUUGCCAAUAUUAAUUUUCUCCGACAAAGAAUAAUAUAUAAGUUGAUA